AGGAAAAACGGCGGCCGCUGCCCGUUAGCGGUAGCGUGGGGCGGUGUGCCGUGGCUGAGGGGCGGGGGGGGCUCCCACCCCUUUUUAUUUCCCUUGGCGCUUUCUCCUCCUUUUACUCCUUUCUCUCCCCCUUCCCUCCCUCUCAGAUUCGCCUCCCUCCCUCUGCUUUUGUUAUCCCUCCCCUCGCUUCCUCCCCUCCCUCCCCUCCCCGCCCCCGCCGGCACUGCGGAGCCGGAGACGUGACCCGGGCGGACCCAGCCGCGGCCUUUUCCCCGCUGCUCCAGCCUCUCGCCGCAGAGUCGCAUGUCAUCUAUCCAGAACCUCCAAUCCUUCGACCCCUUUGCUGAUGCAACAAAGGGUGACGACUUACUCCCGGCGGGGACUGAGGAUUAUAUUCAUAUAAGAAUCCAGCAACGAAACGGAAGAAAGACACUAACAACAGUUCAGGGAAUUGCAGAUGAUUAUGACAAGAAGAAACUUGUGAAAGCUUUCAAAAAGAAAUUUGCUUGUAAUGGUACUGUGAUUGAACAUCCUGAAUACGGUGAAGUUAUCCAGCUUCAAGGUGACCAGAGGAAGAACAUUUGCCAAUUCCUCUUGGAGAUUGGCAUUGUCAAGGAAGAACAACUGAAAGUUCAUGGUUUCUAAAAUACCUGUACUCUCAUGAAGAACCCUGCAGUAUUUGGUCUUACCUAGCCUGGCUCUUCUGUGAAAAAUGAAUCUUUGCAGUGAACGGACUUCCCUGUUACCUGAACAUUUAAAAUUUGAUUCACAUUUGCAUGACUGUGUGAAACAUGUGGUGUGUAGACUAGAAACACAUAAGAAAACUUCAGUAAGGUGGUAAUGAAGACACUUGUGAACUUUAACACAUUUCCAAUGGAAAUGUUUUAGCAAUGGUUGUUCAGUUGAGUACUCACCACCUGACUGAAAUGUGUGGGCUGUAUUACAAUAGAGUGUGUUGUUGCUUAAAAAUAAAAGUUUAUUCAUAUA